AAUAAAAACUGCGGCCAACUUCCAAGGCGGCCUCAUUGCCCAGCGGACCCCAGCCUCCUACAGGUUCGGUCCGCCGCCCCCCGCCCCGCGCCCCAGACCCUUCUGCUGCGCUCGCUCUCUGGAUUCGCCCCGACGCCAUGGACACGUUUUGGUGGCGCGCAGUCUGGGGACUCUGCCUCGUGCAGCUGAGCCUGGCGCAGAUCGAUCUAAAUAUAACCUGCCGCUACUCAGGUAUAUUUCAUGUGGAGAAAAAUGGCCGCUACAGCAUCUCUCGGACAGAGGCAGCUGACCUCUGCAAGGCUUUCAACAGCACCCUGCCCACCUUGGAGCAGAUGGAGCGAGCUCGGGAAAUUGGCUUUGAGACCUGCAGGUAUGGGUUUAUAGAAGGGCACGUGGUCAUCCCCCGGAUCCACCCCAACUCCAUCUGUGCAGCAAACAACACAGGGGUGUACAUCCUCACCUCUGAAAACUCCCAGUAUGACACGUACUGCUUCAAUGCUUCAGCUCCGGAGGGAGAAGAAGAUUGUACAUCAGUCACAGACCUGCCCAAUGCCUUUGAAGGACCAAUUACCAUAACCAUCGUGAACCGAGAUGGCACUCGCUACGUCAAGAAAGGAGAAUACAGAACAAACCCUGAGGACAUCAACCCCAGCAACCCCACAGACGACGAUGUGAGCAGCGGAUCCCCCAGUGAGAGGAGCACAUCGGGAGGCUAUAGCAUCUUCCACACCCACCUUCCCACGGCUUACCCAGACCAAGACACGCCCUGGUUCUCCGAAAACACGGAGAGGGCCCCGGCUACCAUUACCGCAACUGUGCACUCAAACAGCCACGCAGCAGCUCAGGAGCAAAAUAAUUGGAGGUGGUUUUGGUUUGAUAAUUCACAGCCUAAGACUCAGGAUCUCACAACAACAGCAAAAACAGUCGUGGUUACAACAGCUUUGAUGAGCUCUAGUGUUACAACUCCUGAAACAACCACCAAGAGGCAAGAACCCCACCAUUGGUUUUCAUGGUUGUUUCAACCAUCAGACUCCAAGAAUCAUCUUCACACAACAACACAAAUGGCUGGUACGGAUUCAAAUACCAUCUCAGCAGGCUGGGAGCCAAAUGAAGAAAAUGAAGAUGAAAGAGACAAACACGUCAGUUUUUCUGGAUCAGGCAUUGAUGAUGAUGAAGAUUUUAUCUCCAGUACCAUUUCAACCACACCACGGGUUUUUGACCACACAAAACAGAACCAGGAUUGGACCCAGUGGAACCCAAGCCAUUCAAAUCCAGAAGUACUACUUCAGACAACCACAAGGAUGACUGUCCAGGCAACUCCUAAUAGUACAACUGAAGAAACAGCUACCCAGAGAGAACAUUGGCUUGGCAACGGAUGGCAAGGGGAAUAUCCCCACACGCCAGAGGAAGACUCUCAUUCAAGAGCAGAGACAACCGCCUCAGCCUACGCCAACCACCCAAGUCAGAAAAUGACAACACUGAGUCAAGAGGACAGUUCCUGGACUGAUGUCUUCGACCCCAUCUCACAUCCAAUGGGACCAGGCCAUCAAACAGAAAGGAUGGAUACAGACUCCAGUCAUAGUACAACCCUUCAGCCCACUGCAGAUCCAAACACAGGUUUGGUGGAAGACUUGGACAGGACAGGACCUCUUUCAAUGACAACGCAGCAGAGUCAUUCUCAGAGCUUCUCUGCAUCACAUGGAGAUUUGGAAGAAGAUAAAGAGCAUCCCACAACUUCAACUCCAACAUCAAGCAAUAGGAAUGAUGGCAGAGGUGGAAGAAGAGGUCAAAGUCGUUCUGAAGACUCAACUACUUUACCAGAAAGUUAUACAACUCAUUAUCCAGACACGAAGGAGAACAGCACUCUCAUCCCUGUCACCCCUGCUAAGACAGGGUCCUUUGGAGGUACUGAAGUUACUGUUGUUGGAGAUUCCAACUCUAACAUUGAUCGCGCCUUCUCAGGAGACCACGACUCAUCCAUGGACUCCAGCCAGGGCGGCCAUACCACUCAUGGAUCUGAAUCAGAUGGACACUUCACUGGAAGUCAAGAAGGUGGAGCAAACACAACUUCGGGUCCUAUCAGGAAACCCCAAAUUCCAGAAUGGCUGAUCAUUUUGGCUUCCCUCUUGGCCCUGGCUUUGAUCCUGGCAGUUUGCAUCGCUGUCAACAGUCGAAGAAGGUGUGGACAGAAGAAGAAGCUGGUGAUCAACAACGGCAAUGGAACUAUGGAGGACAGAAAGCCAAGCGGACUCAACGGAGAAGCCAGCAAGUCUCAGGAAAUGGUGCAUCUGGUGAACAAGGAGCCAUCGGAGACCCCAGACCAGUUUAUGACAGCUGAUGAGACACGGAACCUGCAGAAUGUGGACAUGAAGAUUGGGAUGUAACACCCACACUGUUAUCUUGAAAGCAAACAUUUGGAGUCAUGUAUUACAGGGAACUGGGACACUUAUCAGAUGCAAUGUGCUACUGAUUGUUUCAUUGGGAAUCUUUUUUUUUUGUAAGGAUAAAAUUGUCUAUUCCUUUUUGUUUUUCGUGUUUUGUGUUUUGAAGUCAGGUCCAAUUUCUAAAAACAGCAUUGCUUUCUGAAAUUAGGGCCCAAUUCAUUACCCAUGACUGUUCCAGUUCCCACCUAGAGGCCUUUCCUCCCCUGGGUCUGCUAAGGAUGGCUUCUAAUAAAAUCCACAAAUACGUCUUCCUGAUCCCCAACCUUCCCCCAGUCCUACUCCCAGGUAGCUGCUAUCAGCUAAGGACAGUCCCCAGGGCUAAGAGGGAUUGCUCCCCGGGAGGAAAUCUGAUUGGAUCUGUAUUGCCUCUCCAGCAGCCCAAUCCCUGGACAUUACUUUCCGGUGGGAUAGGGGGCUGGGGUGUACUGGUUACACACCCCCUUCUACCAACACCCCUGGAAAUUUUUCUGAGCUUCUGGGAGACACCCAAAGGGUGAAGCUAUUUAUCUGUAGUAAGCUAUUUAUCUGUGGUUUUUUUUUUUUUUUUGAAACAUUAAACCCUGGAGGUCCUUUCAUCAGUAUGAUUUUUUAAAAGUUACUUUGUCAGAGGCAUAAAAGGGUUCAAACUGAUUCUUAAUAAACAUCUGCACCUCUUCCAUCUUAACUUUUGUGCUGUGAUCCUUCACUUUCUAACCCAGCAAGGUCUGGGUCUGUAGAGCUCACCAAGAAGAUCUGAAAGUGGGAAGAGGAUGCUGAAGUCUUCCUCUCAGAGCUUCUCAGCCCCCACUCUGACCCACUCAGCCAGAUCUCAUGGGAGGUCAAGGAAGGCAGCACUGUUUGAUUUCAGAGACGGGCCAAAGGCUUUCUGUGCUGUGGAGUCAGAACUGUGAGCAGAGGAGUCGCAGCCACUUUCUUGGUUUAAUGGCCUCCUCCCCUCUCUUGAGAAGGGCUUGGAACAGUCACAUUAGAUUUGCAUGACCUGUCAUUGUGGGGUCCCAUGUCAUAGAUGCUGACCCUACUAAUGAUUUAAUGCAGAAGUGCCUUUUGUCAGCUGAUAAUUAAAGGAGAAGCCAAUAGAAAUGAAGGAGCAUAGUCAGUGGACAACUGAUUGAAUGGCUUGGGGUGGGGAGACGCAGUGUACAUCCUAUCUGACGAUUGUUGGGCUGUGUGUAUAUAUCCUUUAACAAGCAGUUGCUAUUCAGAAUGAGUUAAGUGCCUGGGAGUCCUUCCAAAGGGCUUCCCACCAUUGGAAUCGUAUCAUCAGAUAGACAAGCUUAUGGCCAAGCAGGAGAGAGAUGGCGUGAUCCUCUGACCUUAUAUGUUCCCCCACUUGGCAAUUCUUUGUGGCAUUUAUUCAUCAUGGAUGAAUAGUGUCCCAUUGGUCCUGGAACUUCCAAAGGCUGCUUGGAAUAGAAGCCAUUGAAUCUGUGAAGUAAGGGUUCAUCUAAAAUGGGACUCUCUUAGGCUCCCGUAAAAAGUCAUUUGUUACCUAAACUUACAGGAUUACCAGAAAUGUUUCUCAGACCACAAAGCAAAAAGAAGAAAAACUCUGACCUAAUCAAGGUUGGGUUUAUAGGCUCGGUGCCCGUAGCACAGUGGUUACGGUGCCGGCCACAUGUACCAAGGCUGGCGGGUUUGAACCCAGCCCAGGCCAGCUAAACAACAGUGACAACUGCAACAAAAAAAUAGCUGGGUGUUGUGACGGGUGCCUGUAGUCUCAGCUACUUGGGAGGCUGAGGCAAGAGAAUCACUUAAGCCCAAGAGUUUGAGGUUGCUGUGAGCUGUGACGCCAAGGCACUCUUACCAAGGGCAACAUAGUGAGACUCUGUCUCAAAAAAAAAAAAAGGUUGGGUUUAUACAAAGAGUUCAUCUGAAGGAUAUCUUUAAAGCAGAGAUACCAGCUUUCUACACUCAUUCCCAACCUCUGCCCUCUCUUUCCCCUCCCUCCAACCCUACCCUGUGAUCUUGCAAAACCUCCUUUCUCUUCCUCUGUGAAUAUCAUAGGCUGUUUCAUAUUCAGCUGUCUGGUUUUCUUUAUAUUUUCUUUUCAAGUUGAAAGAAAUAGACAUUAGGCCACUCUAUGUUGUUACUUUCACUAGUGUUAAAUUGCCUCUUAUUUUCCCAGAGCUUGACUGGGUCUGCCGCAAACCCAGACAAGUUCACUCAGGCUCCUUAACCCAAGUGUAUCAUGCCAGUAUGGGACCAGAGUCAAGUGUGUGUACUAGGCUCUACCUGUGCCCCAGAUUCUGCUUGGAGCCAUGGGUGGUCAUACAAGGCUCUCACAGCUAGGGAUGGUUUUCUACUUCUUCUAGACUUUCCCAACAAAUAGGCUAGAAUAAGAGAUUAUUUUCAGUGUUAUUUUGGAAUUAAAUAUCACCUUUCAUUUUAUUGUUGUUGUAGUCUCCCACUUGGAUAGACCUCUGUGUUCUCAACGUAGAAAUAAGGGAGGUCUAGAUCUUCCAUUCCUUGGCCACCAUAGAGAGCUGUCCAAGUCUUCGUACUAACCUGAAAUAUUGCCUGAAGUCCAUGGAAUAAAAUGUCUCCUCACACAUACCCCUACCUACAUAAUAGCCAUAAUUCUGGAAGCACAACUUGACUAUGUGUCAUUCCUACUAGUGACUGGCCAGGUGACCUGGGCUAAUUCAUGAAACUGGGUCUUGUUUAUAAAAAUAAGGGGACAACGUUUAAUUAUUUUGCAAAGCAACUGAGAGCUUAAGAUGUAAUUUUCCUGGCAAUUAUAAAUCUUUCAUCUCUUGAGAGCUUCCCUUAAAUUUAGCUCUGAGUAAAAUGAGGUAAAAGACACCUUCAAAUCCAUACAUCUAGCGUAACAGAAUGGGUUUUUCCAGUAGAACCUUUCAAAAACUUCUACAUUGAGAUCCAUAACACCAAGAAUCAAUUUUAUAGCCAACAUUGAUGGAAUGCUAUUAUAGCAGAGGAAUAGAAGGAAGGAAACAUUCAACUUCCCUGGAAAAGUAAAAUAUAGGUAAGAACGAGAAUACUAUGGGCCAUUCACCUUUAUGUCAUAGAGAUGUCUUUUUCCAAAUCAUUUGUGUUGAUUUUUCAAAGAAUAGCUCAUUGUUCAUGUGUGUACUUUAUAAUGACCAUUGUUAUUGCUACUUUGAUUUUACAGAGCACACCCUUCCUAUGGUUUUUGUAUAUUUAUUGAUGGAACAAUAAUAAUGAGGAAAGCAUACGUAUAUUGCUCAGUUGAAAGCACUUAUUGGAAAACAUUAAAAGGCCAACAUUAAAAGACUAAAGGAAA